AUGCACGUCCAAGUCGAGGUACAUGACCCGGGGUCGUAUGCCGUGUCCAUCAACAGCACACCUUCCAAUCCCUACAUAAUCGGUUCCCGCGCCUCCAAGCUCGCGCUCAUCCAAGCCAACCUCGUCCUUUCCUCUCUGCGUAUCGCCCACCCCACACAGUCCUUUGACAUCCUCACCGUUUCCGUAGAAGGAGAUCGGAACAAGUCACAGGCGCUGUACCUCCUAGGAGGGAAGAGCCUGUGGACGAAGGAAUUAGAGCUGGAACUGCUGGGAGGAGGCGUGGAUAUGAUCGUCCAUUCCCUGAAGGAUGUGCCUACUACUCUGCCAGAGGGGUGCGAGUUAGGUGCCGUGCUCAGUCGGGAAGACCCGAGGGACUCGCUUGUCGUCAAAUCAGGACUGGAGUAUAAGACGCUUGAAGAUUUGCCACAGGGGAGUGUGGUAGGCACCAGCAGCGUCCGGAGGGUCGCUCAGCUGAAACGGACUUUCCCGCAUCUCCAGUUCCAGGAUGUGAGAGGCAACCUCGAUACCCGGAUUGCGAAACUUGACGCAGCCACAGGGCCGUACACAGCGCUCAUCCUCGCCCGUGCCGGGCUAGUACGCAUGGGCUGGGGAGAACGUAUCUCCUCCGACCUCUCUGCUCCCUCUUUCCUCCACGCGGUCGGGCAAGGGGCGCUAGGCGUCGAAGUCCGGUCUGGGGAUCAGAAAGUUGCAGAAUUACUCCGCGGCGUUGGGGAUCAAGCGACCGAGUGGCGCACCACUGCUGAACGAGCGAUGCUCCGGGUUUUGGAAGGAGGAUGUAGCGUCCCCGUCGGAGCGCACACUGUGUUCCAAGGUCAGGAGCUGACUCUCUUAGGAAGCGUGACCAGUCUAGACGGGACGGUACACGUCCAGCGGGAGGUGGUUGGCGUCGUUUCCUCGGAAGAGGAAGCGAGGGAGGUUGGAGAGAGGUGCGCGAGGUUGUUGGUCCAGGAUGGGGCGGGGGAGAUAUUGAAGGAUAUUGGUAAGGAUAGGGAGGCUAGGGCGGCGGCUUGA